AUGCCUGACACAAUAGUCGAUGAGCUGGCUCAGGAAGUAGCUGAUGAUGAAGUAAUUAGUGAAUUAGCUGAUGAAAUAACUAUGGACUAUCUGAUGGAAUAUCCGAUGAAUUGGUUCAAGAAGCAGCUAAUGAGCUCGCGGAGAGAAACAAUAGAUACCAUAGCCGAAGUAUUGGAUUGCGAAAUUGUAGAAGAAAAUACACAUCCUUUAAGACGCCAGAGUAGUAAUAGGUCUAAGAGGGCAAGAGUUGUUUAG